AGAAUGAGGAGCGGCGCUGCUCGAAGUUGUUGUUGUGCUAGAGGAGGGAACUAGCUCAGAACAGCUUCUCCUGUCCGGAACCCACAGCCAGCUUUCUCAGGACACGCAACACCGUUCUGCCAUGGCGGCUCCCGCACCCAUCAAAGGGAUUUUAAAAAACAGAAACUCGGUCCCAUCUCAGCAAAACUCGGCGCUGGAUCUGUGUACUGAAGAGGAGGAGGAAUACAAUAAAAAGUCUCAAAAAUGGGAUGAAAUGAACAUUCUUGCCACUUACCAUCCAGAAGGGAAAGACUAUGGACUAAUGAAAAUCGAUGAACCUAGUACGCCAUACAACAGGAUGAUAGAAGGUGAUGAUGAUGAAUCAGCAAUGAGUGACUCUGAAUCAAAUGUAAAUAUUACUGCAGAAAUACUAGCAAAAAAACUUACAGCAGCUGAGGGAGUUAAUCCUAAAAUUUUUGAGCCAAAGGAAGAAAGUAGUGACGAGGAGGAAGAAUUAACUCCAGAAGAACAAGAAAACAAGAAGCAGUUUGAGAUGAAGAGAAAAAUGCAUUACAACGAAGGCAUGAAUAUCAAAUUAGCAAGACAAUUAAUUGCCAAGGAACUAGAUGAUGAUGAAGAUGGCAUGAAAGGAACUGAUGACCAGGAAAAGGACUUUGAAAAUGAUACAGAUGAAGAACUUUCUGAAAAUGAGGACAUUGACUCUUAGAGCAGAGCCAUGAUUUAAAUCUGGCACAAAAAUAUCCAAGCUAGCAGCAUUUACCAUGAAGUGUUUUAAUUUAUUGAAACACUGAGGUGUUUCAACUACAGUCUAGCUUAGAUUCAGAGAAGUCUGGUUCCACCUGUGCAUUUGAAAUUUUACAGUGUGUUUCUGCAGUAAUGUAAAUAAAAAUCUUCUUGAGAGGUGGGCAGGAGGCGUCUGUCUGCCUUUUUUUUGAUGGCACUGCUGUUGGAUCACUGAAAGAACUUUUUUUCUGAAAACCACAGUAGCAUAGAAUUCAUGCAGUAGUAUGUAGCACAGAACACUUUCCAGUGGCGCUCAACCCAAUAAUCAGACUGUAAUACAUUCAUAUCUGUGUAAUGCUAUGUGCACGUUUCAAUUCACGUUGGUACACUUUUUUGCAGAUUUAUUGUAGCGUACUUUUUUCCACAUUUUGCAUCAGGUAACCGGUUCCAGUUCGUAUUUUUAUAUUUGAGGAUUUUGUACUUUUUGGUUUUUGUGGGGCUAAUAUUUGGAAAGUGCUCAAAAUGAAAAUACUGAUAAUUGGUUUGCCAACAGAAUGCGAUCUUUUGUCUUUGAAACUUUGAAAACACUUUAAUGCUGCUGAUGGUAUAAGUUAACAAUUUGUACUUGUGUUGAUGUUAAUAGGACUGACUUAAAGAUACUGAUGCCCUGUUUUUGAAUGCUAAAAAUCCAAUCAAAUACCAAGCAUAACGAUAUAUUUACUAAGUGCCACCACUGUCAAGACAUAGCUAUAGUUUAUUUUGGGUAGGGGAUUAAAAUUCAAAUUAAGUUGCAUGUAUUUGGUGUAAUGUACAGCUUUAUGUAGGGCAAUGAAGGGAUAAUGUCUUCUCAUACUUUUGAUUCAAAUGGUAGUACCGUUCUUUUGAAGAUGUUUAUGCUUCUCCAAAAGUUUAUAUUUUAAGCCAUUGAAAUUCAUUGCAAUUUGUGGAUUUGAAAGGCAUAUCAUUAAUAAAGCCCGUUGAAAUGCAAGCCAUUUUUAUAAUUCAAACUAGAUUAUAUAAUCCCAUUGUCCGAAGCCGAGUUUUCUCUGGAAUAUUUUGUCUGUGGUUUUCGUUGGAACAAACUGAGGUGAAUUUAUUUUACAGAUAUGCGCACUCCCUGAACAUCUGUUUUCACUGUUUAACAACUUUCAGUUGUCCUGCAGUAUUUCAUCUAAUUCCUGCCAUGAUAGCAUUGGUUCCUAUCAUCGUCACCCAGUAUUGUAUUAAUUUCAGUAUAAGAAAACUCUACUAUGUGAAUAGAAAUAUAAAAUAAACUGUGUACCUCCACUUUUAGUAGA